AUGCCGCAAAAGCGAAAGCGCAGACCUUCGCCGGCCCCAAAGGGUUUAGCCGCUGGGGAACAACUCAAGCGUACCAAGCUUGCAGGGAACAACUCCUCGGCAUGGGGCUGGGUGGACAUCGAAGUCUCAGAUCCUUCUCAAAUCACACUAGAGCAUCGUCUCAUGACCUGCGGUCUUUCCAGGAGAAACAGGAACCCCUUCUGCGGCAACAAGUACGUGUCCAAGCCGGAGCAGUCACAACCUACAGUCACCCUAGAGCCGACGGCCGAGACUGCCAAUGGUGAAUCUGAGAAUGAUAUCAUCGUGGUUUCUGAUGAUGAACCACCAACUUGCGCCAAGAAGGCUUGUAAAAACAACCCAAACUGCUUGAACUAUCUCGGCCAAGAUAAAUGGGAAGACCAAGGCACGUGUCGCAAGGCUAGAGAGCAGUUCCUGAAGGCUUCGGACCUGGGUUUCAAUCCUAUGCUCAAUGCUCGUGACCCCGAGUUGCCAGUUGGGCUCAAGAACCUUGGGGCAACUUGUUAUGCCAAUGCCUUCCUUCAGGUGUGGUUUAGAGACUUAACUUUCAGAAAUGGCAUCUAUCAGUGUCAACCGUUGCAAGAUACUGAAAGGAAAUUUGAGCUUCAAGCGACGUUUGCCGCACUCCAAGAGAGUAGACAGCGGGUGUAUAACCCAGAAAAGUUCGCAGAAAGUCUCAAGUUACCUACCUCCGAGCAACAGGAUGCACAAGAGUUCUCGAAGCUUUUCAUGUCACACCUCGACAAUGAGUUUCAGAAACAGUCCACCCCAUCCUUGAAAACACUGAUUUCCACCCAAUUCCAAGGUCAGCUUGUUUAUGGGACUAUAUGUGGCAAUUGCGAAAGCAAAUCCGAACGUUCGAAUAACUUCCUCGAACUCGAAAUAAACAUAGAGAACAAUUCGAGGCUUGAAGAUCGAAUCGCCGCCUUAUUGCAAGAUGAGAAGCUGACAGGCGACAACAGGUUUGCCCUCCUUGCCUUCUACACGGCAGAUUUGUUGAUGUCUCGAUUAGGUAUCCACUGCUCUCAUUGUCAAUCCCUCCAAGAUGCGACGCGAUACACAGAGCUCCGUGCUCUUCCGCCUGUGCUUCACUUCUCCCUUCUUCGCUUUGUUUAUGACUUUGCCUCCAUGGAGCGGAAAAAAUCAAAGCAUAAUCUUUUGUUUCCUACAACGCUCGACAUGGGGAAGUUCUUGGGGCGCAGGGCGAAUAUAAUCAAGGAUGCUCCAGAGGAAAGGGGAAGUCAGGUGUACGAAUUGAAAGGUGUUUUACUGCACAAAGGUGCCAGCGCCUACCACGGACACUACGAAGCUCAGGUUUUAGAUUCUGGGUCAAAGACGUGGUUUCAGUUCGACGAUGAGACUGUAACAAAAGUUGCCCUUCUUGGCGAAAAGCGACAUAGCAGCAGAGAAGUUAUUGACAUCAUCAACGGGUCUAACAAGAGAAGUCACCAACAGCCCCGCGUUCGUCCCGCAAAGAAGAGAAGGAUCGAAGAUAGUGAAGAUGAAAUUGUCGAGCCAGCGUCACCACACGAGCAAGAUGCGGGUUCCGAUGACGGGGAUAUAUUUUCGUCUAAGGAUGCCUAUAUGCUCAUAUAUGCUCGCAAGGAAUCUCCGCCAAGUAAUGUUUCGACUUCCGCGGAACCUUGUAGUUCUUCCACCCCUUGCGUUGGCAUUGACGAAACUAGCAAGACAAAUGAUGGCUUGGUGACCGCGACUGCAAUCCCAAUUCCACCUCCACGUGCCCUCGAUGUCGUAAAAGCCCUGAACACUGCCCACGACGAGGCCUGCGAGCGAUAUCUCUCUAAGGAGAAGGAUCUCAACGAGCUAUUUUCGGAACUUAGAGAAUGGAUGAGGAGUGUUUACCUGCACUGGGGUGCAGAGUUUGCUGAUGAGGACUCGGUCAUAGUCAGCCGAGAGGCAUUGGAAGGAUGGUUGUCGAAGCCGUUAACAAAGGUGAAGGACAAAAAGUCGGGUUCGCAGCCACCCGGAGACGAAACAACCGAAGUCACAAUUGUGUCUGACAUUCUCUGUGAACAUGCGGGACUAGAUCCGCGCAAGGCUCAUAACAUGAAGCGUGUUUCAAAGAAUGCGUACUCAAGACUUGUUUCUCGUGACGGCUUUGACAACAGUUCCGUGCGUAGUCCCACCGACGUAUGCGAGACUUGUGUCAAGGAGUUAUUCACGGAGCGACUGUACCAAAUUCAACAUCCACGGAUAGUUGCCCAGUUUGAUAAGGUGUGCGAUGUCAGGCCAGGUGACCUUGGUUUUUGGCUUUCCAAGGCAUGGUUAAAAGAUUGGAGGUUGCAGAGGCCCAGGAUGCACGUUUCCCUGCAUGGCGAUGCAGCUCCCGAUUCUGCAGAGUUUCGCGGGCACGUGCGAUGCGAACACGAUCAACUGUCACUCGUUUCAACAGCUCGUCGAAGUAUAUCCAAAGAGGCACGCGAUAUCCUCAUGGACAUCUUCCCAUACUGGCGGCCCCUCUCGACAGCAGAAGCAGUCUGUGCGACUUGCGAAGCCAUCAUCAACAAUUCCAAGGAAGAUAAGCGUGAACUGCGCAGAAAGGCUGAAGAUGAGAAGGCACGGCUGCGACACAUGUAUGACAACGCAUUAAUAGGAAACACCCUCCUACUCGAGAACGUUCCUUGCGCAGUGAUCUCUGCUCACUUUGUGCGACUGUGGCGUAAAUGGCUCGGUCGGCCCACAGAUAUCCCUCGUCCCGAUCUGGUCGAAACCUCCACUCUGUUUUGUGAACACGGUAACCUUGUAUUCGACCCCAACGCACCAAAUGACUGGGACUGCAACAUUGCGCUCAUUCAAUUGUGCGAGUGGGUCGUUUUGGAAGGACUCUAUCGCUGCGGGCCAGUUGUUUCCGUAGAGAAGAGGAUGGUAGAAGAUCCGAGUGGCUUUCUUGAUACCAAAUUUAUUCAUCCCAUUCCCGUGUGUCACGAUUGUCGUAUGAGAAGGCGUUCGAGUUACGAGCUCACCGACAUCACCGUGCGCUUCCUAAGUGGUCGUGGACAUACUGAACAGAACCCCGCUCCGCAGUACCGAGCUGGGGAGAGCUUCAAGUCUGAGUCUGCAUCGGUCGGAUUACGAUCGUCAACGGGUUUGAGACAGUCCAAGCGUAUUCGUCAGGGGCGAACCAGGCGAGAGAGUGCCAGGUUGACGGUAUCCAAGUCCACGACUGUAAAGGAUAUGAAGGUUAUGAUUCAGGAUGUUUUGAAAAUCCCGACGAUAUGCCAGAGACUUUUCUACAAAAACGAGGAAUUGGAGGACAGUUCUACCACAGUUGAAUCGUUGGGUAUUCUGAUGAACGAUAUGCUGGAUCUCCGAGAAGAAGGUGGAGAUGAGGAAAGCGAUGGCGGUCCGCGCAAGCGGCGGGCAGAGGAGAAAGGUUUUGGCGGGACCCUCUUGGCAACAUCAUCUCUCGCAAACCUACCGUGGGAUGCUGGGACUAGUUCUGAAGGGGAGCCCCCGCACGAGGCAACGAGAGCGUGUCCGACUUGCACCUACGACAACCCAACAGAGAACAGCGUAUGCGAUGUCUGUCAAAGUCAAUUGGUUGGAACGUAACAAUGGACAUUCCUGGUAUCUUAUAGGAGUACAGAUAAUGCUUAAUCGAUCGUCCCUACAAGCAUAGUUGGCAUGAAGAUGAAAAGAUGGAAAGUGCAAGGAGUCUAUGAU